AUGGCCAGAAAACUAAGCAUCGUUAUGCUUUGCCCACUUGCAAUGCUGCUUCUUCUUGUGGAGAGUCAUGCUGAGAUUGUUGUCUCUUUCAUUGAGGCUCCCAUUGAGGCACCAGCACCAGCACCAGCACCAACACCAACACCAGAACCGGCACCAGCACAGCAACACAUGUUUCAGAAUGGCACCACUGAUGGCAGUCUUCAACCACAAGAAUGCGGUCCUCGUUGCGCAUACAGAUGCUCUAAAACUCACCACAGGAAGCCAUGCAUGUUCUUCUGCCAAAAGUGCUGUGGAAAAUGCUUGUGUGUGCCACCUGGAACUUAUGGCAACAAGGAAGUUUGCCCCUGCUAUAAUAACUGGAAGACCAAAAGGGGAGGACCUAAAUGCCCCUGA